UUUAUAUUAUUUGCUCGCAAGCAUGACAUUUAUCAAUAAAGUUGUAUUAGUAACCGGUGCUGGUUCAGGCAUAGGUGAAGCAAUUGCAAAACAUUUUGCCAAGUUGUCAGCAAGAUUAUCACUAGUUGAUGUAAAUAUCAAAAAGUUAAAGAAAGUUGCUGAAGCUUGUGAAAAAUUAUCCCGCACCAGAGUUUAUAUUUCGGCAACAGAUUUAACAAACGAUAAUGAUGUAAAAUAUUUCAUUGAAAAUACUGUGAAAGAAUAUGGAAGAAUUGACAUAGUUGUCAAUUGCGCAGCAGCGUACGGAAGCAAACGCAUUUCUGAUACCAAUGUGAUUGAAGAAUAUGAUCAAUUAAUGGCAGUAAAUUUGCGGUCUAUUGUUUCACUAGCAAAUGCUGUUGUUCCGGAGUUGAUUAAGAGUAAAGGAUCUAUGAUCAAUAUUUCCAGUACAACUGCAUCCUUGCCAAACACUAGUAUAGGAUAUAGUGUUUCGAAAGCAGCUUUGUCUCAUUUCAACAGAUGUAUUGCAUUGGAGCUAGCCCAACAUGGUGUAAGAGUGAAUCUUAUCACACCAGGUAUAGUUAAAACAAACAUUUUCUCUAAUGCUGGAAUCAGUGACAAUAAAACUGAGUAUAUUUGGAAUAAGGCAGCAUCAUCUUCAAUAUUGAAACGCAUUGUUAAAGCCGAAGAAGUAGCUGAAGUAGCAGCAUACUUAGCCAGUGAUAAGGCAAUUGGUAUCACUGGUGUAGAUUAUAAAAUUGACUGUGGAGUGUCUUUAACAGGAAUACCUGAAAUUCCUGUGGCUUAGUUAAAAACUAACAUGCAUAUAAAAUAUUUAAAUACACAUUGGAUACAGUUUCAAUCAAUUUAAACGUAACAAAGGAUUGUGUAAAACGAUUCGUCCCUUUAGUAGUUAUUGAACAAAAAAGAACACGUCGUUACAUCUGGCAUGCCCCUGCUGGUUAUGGGAUUUUUAUGGCGCGUGAAAUCCUGCUUUGAACAGUACCUAAAUAUAAUUUUAAUAAAAAUUUAGUUGAAA